AAGGUUAGGUCCAUCUGAGGAGAAGUUCCACUGGGAAGAUGACAGCCCUGUGCAGGGAAGAGAACAUUUACAACCUUCUCCCUGUGGAAGAAGAAAAGCCCUUCUUUCCCCCCAGGUAUAUCUCUGCAUUCAGGGCCUCUGUGAAAAGGGAAGCACAAGCCCAGAGUAAAGCCCCCUGCAAGACGAUGGGCAUGCCAAAAUUCCAAGUCCCCCCUCCAAAGGACUUUCUGCAGAAACAUUCAAAGACGCCAAAGCUGCCGAAACGGAAAAAAGCUCAAGGCAGUAAGAAGUCCCUGGUGCUGACUGUGCCCCCAAGAACAGAGCACCCCAUCAUGGGCAUUCAAAGCAGGAAGAAUUUCAUCACUGCAAAUGCAGCUGAAGCCAUCCUGCAGGUACCCCGAAAGCCAGCCCGGGCCUGCAUCGACAUGCGGAAGGGCGACAGGUUUCUCAUUGACGAUUCAGGACUUGUUCAGAAAUACCUCAAGAAAAAAGAUUUUGGUGCUGUCCCCAGAUACCUGGCGAAACGAAGCAAGGAUGCCAAGAGGACCAAGGAAGAGUCUGACAACCGCCUCAAAGAGACCCUCCGGCUGAAAGCCCCCCAGCGGGUGACCCAAGAAGAGAGGGAGGGCCUUCUGGAGGGCCUGAAGCAGAACUGGGAAGAGGUCAACCAGGCAUUCCAAAGCAUGUCUGUGGCAAUUGACACCAUCCCCAGGAAGCUCUACCGGGAGAAGCUGGAGACGCAGAUGAAACAGCUGGAGCACGACAUCGGCAUCCUGGAGAAGCACCAAGUCAUCUACGUGGCAAACAAGUAGCGGGCCGUUUGGAAAGAGCGGGCACGAUCCAGGCAAAGGGAAGCUCUGCCGCGUCCUGCUGCUUCCAGGGAGGGGGGGCUGCGCUUCAGGUUCUCUCAUUGGAAGCAACAGGAUCGAAGUACUUAGCUGCAAAUGGCUCAUGCUUUAUCCAAGUUGACAAUGAAACUACUUUCAAUAAGGAACGGGGGGGGGGGGGGAUUAGUUCACUCAACAAUACGAUAAGAAUUAAAGAAGAGUAUUUUAUAGGUUUACAAAAUAUUGGGUUUGAUCCUGUGAUCUGUUCUGCCUUCUCCCAGUCCGGGGCAUCUCAAAGCAGGGAGACUCCGGGGUGGGAGGAAUGCACGCCCCCCCCCCCACUACUUUGGUUUUAAAUGGGUUUUUUUAAAAUGUGCUUAAUACUCCUUGUAUUUUGCCCCAGAAAUAAAUCUCACUUGUCUUA